GGAUAACCAUUAAAUUAACUUUCAGAAAUUACACCCAAUACCCUAUAUCUUUUGCAUUUUCACCAUUUCUGAAAUUUUCUUUUUGCACCAUUGACCCAAAGUCUGAAACCACUCUUGCCUCCUCUCUCCCGCGUCUGUUUUCCGUUAAACUCAACCACGGAGGCCCUCCUGCGGUCACGCCACCGUCGAUCUCGAUUGACACAGCAAGAACCUGCGUUUAUUUCUAUCCUCUAGAGGAAAUAAUAGUUUUCUGUCAAAAUUCAGCAACAGCGGGUGAGGUCUUACUUGAUUGAUGGAUGCAAACCUAAUUUUGGGUGUUUCAAAACUCAGUUUAGUAUCUUGGAGUUAUAUCAGACAAUCGGUUGUAUGAACUUUGUUAUAGUUGGCCAAUAUUUGCAUUACUUGUGCAUGGUAUGAAGAUAUCUUUGAUCUAAAUGUGCACUUUUUGAAGAACGGAUAGUGCAAUUAAAAUAUAAUGUAUCCUACCAUUGAUUGCAUGCACCAAAAGAUUUGACGCAGUAGAGAAAUUGGUAGAUUUGAUCCUGCAGGCUCAACUGGAAUCAAAUAAACUAUUGUAAUGGUUGGUAGUAAUUCUUCCCCUCCACGACCCAAAUGGAGAAAAGUAGCAUAUGGCGGUAUGCAACCUGGAUAUGAUGACAAUCAUACCGAUGAAACUUUCCUUGAAGGAAUGGUCAUGAAUGCCAGUGUUGUAAAAAGAGACAUGCUAAAGGUCAUGCUUGACUCGGUUUCCAUUUCAGAAUAUUUAUGCAUUGUUGCUCUUGUUGUCUUGGUCUGGACAUACACACUUUCGUCAGCUCUUGAUGAAAAUUCUCUCUUGUUAAUCGAUAUAAGUCUUCUUGUUUCAGGCUUUUUAAUUCUCCUCUUCACUCAAGAUAUGCUUUCACUUAGUCUUCUCCUACAUUAUGCCCUCAAUAUCUCAUUUUUCAUAAUUGGGUUAUAUGUUUUGGCUCCCAUCUACCAAACUCUUACAAGGUCCAUAAGCUCAGAUUCUAUUUGGGCAGUAACUGUAUCACUUCUCGUACUUCAUCUUUUCUUGCACGACUAUUCAGAAUCCACUGUCAAAGCUCCUGGGGUCCUGAAGAAUCCUGCAUUAACCAGUUGUAUAUCCGUAAAUGCUUCUGUUGUCGCCUCAGUUUUUAUUGCUUCUCGUCUACCAUCAAGACUACAUGUAUUUGCCAUCAUGUUGUUCUCGUUGCAGGUUUUCCUUUUUGCUCCACUGGUAACAUACUGUAUUAAAAAAUAUUCCUUUUGGUUACACCUAUGCUUUUCUAUUAGUUUGAUGGCCUUGACCUUAAGUUUUGUGUUCGUGCUGCAUCGCUUGUUAUUUGUGCUGCUACUUAGUUUGUUGGUUUUUGUCAACUUGGUAUGCCCUUAUUGGCUUAUAAGGAUUCAGGAAUACAAGUUUGAGAUCAAUGGACCUUGGGAUGAGGCUAAGCUUUGUUUUGAUAUUACAGACUGAAAUCAGAACUUGGUUGUUGAGAAAUUGGAGUACCUUAUGUUUAGGCUGCAGUACAGUUUACUCACUACUUGGUAUAGUUUAAGGUUCAAGUCGUAGGAGGGUACGAAAAUGAUGUUUGUACUUUGUACUCAUGCUUUAGAAUGAUAAGAAAUUAUGGUUUUAGAAUAUUUAUGUACCAUGGGUGUACAUUUAGAAUUUAAGAAUCUGGUUGAUUUGAAAAAAAUAAACCAUUUUGUUUUCAAUUUUAAUUAUUGUAU